ACUCACAAACUGUGAGAUCAUGACCUGAGCCGAAGUCGGUCACUCAACCAACUGAGCCACCCAGGCGCCCCUAAUUCUGCAAGUUUCUUAAAGCCUUCUAUAGAAAAACUGUUUCUCUAUUCAUAACACUUCUGACACCAAAUAUGUAGGGGUUUUUCUCCAAUACCAAUUAGUUUUCCAACUCCCAGACACCCUAUAACCGUGGGUGUCCUAAAAUGUAUCAAUUCUGGCACCAACCUGAAGUUUGUGUCAGACUCCACAGGUUUAAGGGCUCAGUCCCACAGGAUUGUUCUCACUUUAGAUGCCAGUCACAAACAUGACUCUGUCCAACAUGGUUACAAAGUCCCCAUAAUCCCCCCACCUCUGUGUCAAUAAUUUGCUGGCAUGGCUCACAAAACUCAGGGAAACAUUUACUUUGUUUACUGGUUUAUUAUAAAGGAUACGAAUGCACAGCCAGAUAAGGAGUAUAUAGUGUGAGGUCGGGAAGGGUCCUGAGCUUUGUUCCCAUGGAGUUGGGUACACUGGCCUCCUGGCAUGUGGAUAUGUUCACCGACCCAGAAGCUCUCUGAACCUCACAGUUUUGGAAUUUUUAUGCCUGCUUCAACAUAAAGGCAUGAUCUAUUAUAAAUUAUAACUCUAGUCUCUGACUUCUUCCCAGAGGACAGGAGGUGAGGUUGGGCGUUCCAAGCAUCUAGGCAAGGCUUGGUCUUUCUGGGAGUCAGUCCCCAUCCUGAAACUAUCUGGGAAAUUCCAAGGGAUUUAAGAGCUCAGGAAUUGGGGGCAGAGACCAAGUAUAUAUUUCUUAUCAUGUCACACUUCUACUCACACAUCAGACCGCCCCUAGACCAAGAAAUCCGUCAUGAUGAGCUAUGACAAUGUAAAAUGUGGUUUACUUUGAUUUUUCAGACAGUUCUAUUUUCUCUCUCUUUUGGAUCCCAGUUUCUAUCCUAUGGAUAUCGUUUUUUAAUAGAGAGCCUUCUGAAAAUUCUCACUUCCUUCUCCAUACCUUUGACCCAUGCAGGUGGAGGCUCUACUAGAUCAAGCACCCUCCAGGAAGACCUAGUUCUCAUCUCUGUUCUUUCUCUCUACACAUUCUGACUCAUGGCCAUUUCCAUUCCUCUCAAGACUGCACUCGAGUGGCUCAUGUCUCCUGGGUCUCCGAAUCUUUGACCCCAGGAUCUUUUCCCUCCCGUAUGGAGACAUCACCCUCCACCUGCUCCCCGGCCCCCCUUCCCCCACAUCACUGAAUGUGUAUGUGCAGCAGGAGGAAAUGAUGGGGUGCCUUCUGGCAGAGGCACAGAGGGAAAGCUGCUCCCUCAGGAAGAAAUAAGUGACAGCUCUGCAGUUUUCAUGGGGCUGUUUUUCUUUGGAGGGAGGAGGUGUGCAGCUGGAGAGAGAGAGAUUGGAAGGAAGGGACAGACAGAGGGGGCAGGACCCAGGCUUCUUGCCAACCUGAGCAGGAGGGGAGCAGCACGCAGCUUUGCUCCAAGUAACAGGAACAGCAGCAGCAAAACAAUUCCUGGAAAUUUGCUCUUUCUCCUUCCUACCACCUCCCCAACUUUUUUUUCCAAAAAAUGUAGACAAGAUAUUGUAAUCAACAAUCAGAAAGGAAGGAAGGUACCAGGGAGGAGUUAUUGGAGGCACAGAUAAAAGCAGGCAGCUUCCCAGGGUCAGGUGGGGGCCAAGGGCUUGUGCCUGGACCCUGGAAGGAGGGCUGGGCAGGCCGUCUGGCCUGUGUGGCCGAGGACCCUACUUUGUGGGUUGAGGGCGGAUGGACUGCGGACUGGUUUAGGCUGAGGAGUUUGGCAACGACUGUACUUCCGCUCCCAGCCUAGCUGCCAGCAGGUCACUGAGUACAGAAGCCAAGCCCAGCCACAGAGGUCAUUUGGCCCUCCUGCCGCAGCUUCCCCCUGCCAGGGAGGCAGCCUUAUCUGCCCAACAGCACCAGCCUGGCCCCCGGGUGUCCUAAAGAAGGAUGUGGUCCAGCGACCCUGUCCUUGGCUCUGCUCAGCUCUUUCCUGCUUACUCGCUCUUCGCUGAGGCACAGUGGAGCUAACGCUACUUCGGGGACCAGACCUGACUUUGACACCGUGUUCUGUUACUUAGUAGCUGUGUGACUUUGCACAAGUCACUUUACCCUUCUGAGUCUUAGUUUCCUUAUAUGUAAAGUGAGGUGACUGAUGCUUCCUUCAGGGGUUAUUGUAUGGGACGUACGAGAUACGUAAAGUGCUUGGCAUAAGCAUGUUCCUUUCCCACUAUUUGGGGAUGAGGAAGGAGAGAUCCCUUCUUGGGGAAUUACGUUGAGAUACCUCUGCCCAGUCCCACCACUAUGAGCCGUUUUUCUCUCAGUUGGAUCGACACCAGCUUCCUCUUUCAUUUAGUUGUCUGGUGUUCUGUUUCUCACGUGAAAGGUCAAGAAUAUUCCCAAUGCCACUAUGAAUUACCACAAAAGCGAUAUAGCGACAAGUUAGCAUUUGUGAUUGACAUGUACUGUUUGAUCCUCAUUAAGUUGUUACACUGUCAUAAGCAAGGCUUCUAUCAUGUCGUGAGGCACGGAGAGGUUAAACAACUAGCCUGUGUGACACUGUAAAUCCUUAUUAUAGGGAUUCUUGACCUAGAUUCCUGGCACCUAAUGGCUUUAGGUGGUCUGCGAACUGCCUGAAAAGCAUAUUCAAAAUCCCGUAUGUUGUGUUAAGUCAUUUUUAUGGGGCUUAGAGUCUUCCUUAGAUUCUCAAAAGGAUCCACAAUGUCCAAAAGGUUAAAACUGACCGCCCUCGAAGUGCCUUUUGUGGAUAAAAAAAGUUUUAGAAGCACAGCAUACACUUGGGUGGAGGUGACUCAGCCUUUGGAAUUCUGGGAAAUUUCUUGAGUGAGAGCAAAGUCCCCUUUGUGGAGGCGGAGAGAAGCAUGGAAUGACCUGGGGAGGGGUUGAGAAAUGGGAGGUGAAAUGUCUUUGCUGUCACAAGAUGAAGGACAACUGUUUCCUCCCUAUGAUUUCCCAAGAGAAUAUAUGUGGAGGUGUGCAAGGUUAGUACCAGGAAGAGGAGGCUCUGAGGGACCGACAGACACUGGAAGGUCCCCAGGGAAACUGGCACCACCCAGCAGCCUCCCAGCAUGCCUUCACUCUUCCCCACCCUGUAAUUUCCUAUCCAUCUCCUGGCUUUUGUCCCUCCCUCGGAACUCUCCCCCCUCCACUUCCUGAUCCCUAGCACCUCCCCCAGGGUCUCCGUAGAUGUGCUGACACUCCUUGUUGAUCCCAGAUUUAGUCAGUUUCUCCUAACUUUUGUUGAGCGUGUAACCUGGGCUGGACGGCAACGCCCCUUGACUUCUCCAGCGUUUCCGGAGGCCUCGACUUCCUAAGGUUCCCUCUUGACCUUAGACUCCCCGAGAUUCUUAGACUCCCCGAGAUUCUUAGACUCCCCGAGAGUUGAAAUGGAAAGGACUCACAAGAUCAUCCUGAACCUCCUCCCUCAUUAAGAGGGGAGGAAGGGAGGCUUUGGGGAAUCUGACGGCAGGACAAUGUGAGAAAUGCAGGUGAAAAUGGAGAGGGAAGUGGGAUGCUGGAGGGUCAUCUACUUUCGCAUGUGUUCAUCUUGUAGGACGCCAGGUGCUGCCAGGUACUAGAAGACUAAAACUGGUGAGACUCAGUCCCUGCCCCCGAGGGGCUGCAGCCUUCAAGGCUCUAGUGUUCAGCACAUGGGCGACCCAUACUGCUUCAAUCAGAUGAAAUCAUUGCUUCAGGCUUUACCUGGAGUUUCUGGAUUUCUACCAUUUCUCUACCCCUCCCCCCCAAACAAUGCUUAUCCAGCCAUUCUGUGGCCUCUUGGGGAGAGAUGUUCAAGUGGAAUGGUGUUUGGGACCACAUCCAGAUUGUCUUUCCAGAGUGUCAGGGAGCUGUGCACCGGUUAGGUCUCUGAUUUCUGCCAGUGCUUCCUGAAGGACACAACCACAGAAACCUAUUGAAGGGCUCUGCCUAGGGCCGCAACUCAAUGGUCCUGCCACAAUGGCAGGUGAGCCUCGAGGGCGAAGAGGUCCAAUGUAAGCCGGCCUCAAUAUCCCUUGAACUAUUGCAUGACCCCCUCCCUCCCAGGCUUCUUUUCUGGGGAAGGAGCUUGGUACAUUUCAGUGGAUGUAAGCAGGGACUAGAGCCCAAUCCUGCCAGAGGCCACCGGGGUGCCCUGAGAAAGCCGCCCCAUCGCCAGCUGUGCCCACUCUUCUUUUAUGAUGUGAUGUCAUCUGCCUCAUCCUGAAGCCCCUCCAUGGGCAGCUAUUCCGUCCAGUCUCCAGUCCUAUCUUGAGUCUGCUGAGGGGGCAGCUCCCCCCUCCUCCCCACCAUCAUUGGGAUACAACUGAAUGGAUAUUUUUGCAGUUAUGGGGCUUACAGCCCUCCCUGCUUGCGUGAGGUUUUAGGUCCUGUGCAAGCCAGUCUUUUCUGCCUUCCGAGUCUGUGCUGAAAUUCUGGAUGUGGGAGGGGCAGAGGGCAAUGUAGGCAGGCACCCGGGGCUGCUGAAAGGGUAGCAGCUGUGAGCCCCGCUUUGCUGAAGUGCUUCCUUUCAACGUUCCCAGCAACUGGGAACAGUCUCUCUCCUGCGUGUGCCCACCUUCAUUCCCUUCUCCCCCAACUUUGCCUCCGAUAUCAGACACCCCUUUAGUCUCCUGAACACCUUUCUGCCCCUUCCCUACUAAAGGGAGGGGACCUUAUACUCUCUGCCUUCUCCUUCUAACCCCUCGAGAGGCUGACAGUGACUUAGAUUCCUGAGGAAUGAAUUCUGUGUCCUGAGCCAGAUGAUGAAACCCAGGCCCAGAGAGCAUGUUGAAUGCAAAUGUGUCUUGAAUCAAAGUGUAGCUUCCCAUUAAGAACCCUCCUGAGCUUGGGAAUGUCAAGGCCCAGCAUGCUGGCAGAACAAUGAAACAGCUCUAAACCUGGGACCCAGUGCAGAGUGGCCCAUGUCACCCCAUGUGUAGUCACAUGGACACAGAGAGCAGAGGGCAGGGAAAGGGUGAGGGAGCCCUGCUGAUAGCAAGCUAUCUUUCUGGGCAGGAUUUGGGAUUUUCAAGGGCAUAUGUCAGCACUUACAAAAGUAGUCCAAAGAGCAGACAGGUUGAGGAUAGGAAAAAAUGUUCCGGAAAGACAAUGAUCAGGAGGGAAAUUAAAGACUUCAUGCCAGAGAGCCUGGAGGCCAGACUGCCUAUACAGCCAUCCUGACUGAGGAGGCCAGACCCUUUUCUGAUCAUAGCCUGUCUGCCUGUUCCCUGCAAAGCCAUGUGGCUGUACCUGGUGGCCCUCGUGGGCCUGUACUACCUCCUGCGCUGGUACCGGGAGAGGCAGGUGGUGAGCGACCUCCGAGACAAGUACGUCUUCAUCACGGGCUGUGACUCGGGCUUCGGGAAACUGCUGGCCAGGCAGCUGGACCUGCGAGGCUUGAGGGUACUGGCUGCGUGUCUGACGGAGAAGGGGGCAGAGCAGCUGAGAGACCAGACGUCAGACAGGCUGGAGACGGUGAUCCUGGAUGUCACCAAGACAGAGAGCAUCUCUGUGGCCACCGAGUGGGUGAAGGAGCAUGUGGGAGACAGAGGAGGGAGCUCUCCUACUCUGGGGUGAAGGUGGCUGUGAUUGAGCCUGGUUUCUUCAACACUGGAGUAACCAACUCUGAGAAGAUUUCUAGGGCCAUCCAGGAAGCAUGGGAUCAGGCCAGCCCAGAGGUCAAGGGGA